AUGGAAAGUCCAUGGAAAGUUCUUCCAUGGACAUUACUUCAUCGAUCAUUUCGAUCAGAUACAAAUGUUUACUUUUUGGACGAAGACGAAGUCAUAUUUCCUGUUGGUUCAACAUUCAUAGUACAUUCGACAUUGGAAGACGAUGAACGACGGCACAUCAAACUCAAACCAACUAAUCCUAAUGAUGAUGAUGAUCAACUUCUUGACUACAUACAAACAAAUUAUAUCAACAAACUUCCAUCAACAGCAAAAUUUGCUGAUCUACUUGUUUUUAUGGGUGAAUAUGAAAAAGCUGAACGAUAUAUUGAAAUGUUGAUUGAAGAAUUGCGAUUAUCGUCUGAUAAUAUUAUUAUAGGAUAUGCUUACGAUAUCAUGGGCCAUCUUUGCUCUGAAAGAGUUGCUUAUCAAUGUGCAUUGUCUUGGUUUGAAAAGGCACUACAGUGUAUUCAGCCAGACAACAUUUAUCGUGCAAUUAUAUACUUUCACAUUGGAACUGCGUAUUCCUCGAAAUAUGAGGACAAUACCGCUCUCGACUAUUACAAUAAAGCAUUGAAUUACGAACAAGAAAUUAAUUCUUUUGAUCUCGCCAGUUUAUAUGAAGCAUUCAGUAGUGUUUGUUGUCACAUGGGAAAUCUCGAUGAUGCUCUUGAUUAUUUAAACAGAGCAUUGGAUAUACAUGGGUCGAAUCCAUCUAAUCAAUAUGCGCAUGCUCAAACAUAUAUUUCCAUGGCCUUAAUGUAUGAGGCAAAAUUAGAUCAAAACAAAGCUUUACAAUCCUAUCAAUGUGUACUUAAUAUUUUAUUAGAGAGAGUCCCAAAAAAUCAUCCACGUUUAGCUUUAAUGUACGCAAAAGUUGGAGAAAUACAUUCGAAAUGUGGUAGCGUUAGCUAUGGUCUGUUGUCCAAAAGCGCUAAGCAUCAAGAAAAUAAUUUGGCAUGA